UACUAAAGAAGUGCACUUCUCAUUUCUGCAUAUUUUCUCCACUUUUGUGCAACUGUGGUCGUAACUCUGAGGGCAUAUAAAUUAAAAAUCUAGAAAUAAAUCUCAUAGUGAGACUCGUCCCUCGUUGUACGUUCACUCACUCUUGCUUAAAAGUUGGAAGCUAUCUACAUGGCUCAAACUCGGAUGAAUCGCAGAGCUUUAGCAGCAGCAGCUGCUGCAGGGAUGGUGUUUCUGGGUUUAGUGAUGACGGAACAAAUGGUGGGUGCAGAGAGAUUACUGAAGGAUAAAGAUCCGGAUCAAGUUUUUGCUGAUCAGAGAGAAAUGAGACCAGCACUUUUACUUAGAGUAGUACAUUUCUUUUGGCAGGGUGGCAAGUCCUCUUAUGAACCUGUUUGGCCGGAGAUGAAGUUUGGGUGGAAAAUUGUCGUAGGAUCAAUAGUUGGAUUCUUUGGUGCGGCAUUGGGUAGCGUUGGAGGAGUUGGAGGUGGCGGAAUUUUUGUUCCUAUGCUCACAUUGAUCAUUGGUUUUGACCCCAAGUCUGCCACCGCCAUCUCUAAAUGCAUGAUCAUGGGAGCAGCUGGAUCAACAGUUUACUACAACCUGAGACUGAGGCACCCAACUCUGGAGAUGCCUCUCAUUGAUUAUGACCUGGCACUGCUAUUUCAGCCUAUGCUAAUGUUAGGAAUCAGCAUUGGAGUUGCCUUCAAUGUCAUGUUUGCAGAUUGGAUGGUCACUGUUCUACUCAUCAUCCUCUUCUUGGGUACAUCAACAAAAGCGUUGAUGAAAGGCAUAGAAACAUGGAAAAGAGAGACAUUAAUGAAGCAGGAAGCAGCCAAGGCGUUGGAAUCUGAGUCCAAACCCGUUGAUGGUCAAGAACAAGAUUACAAACGACUACCGAGUGGUCCGGCUGACUUACACGAUGAAGAGGUUUCCCUGAUCCAAAACAUUUACUGGAAGGAGUUAUCAUUGCUUGUGUAUGUGUGGAUAGGUUUUCUUGUUGUUCAAAUCGCUAAGGAAUACGUUGAAACCUGCUCCAUUGCAUACUGGAUUCUGAACUCCUUGCAGGUACCUAUUGCUGCCUCUGUUACACUCUUCGAAGCUAUAUACUUGUACAAAGGAAAGAGGGUGAUUGCAUCAAAGGGAAAAGAAAGUACAAAUUGGAAGAUACAUCAGGUUUUGUUUUACUGUUCCUGUGGGAUAGUAGCUGGUAUGGUGGGUGGAUUACUUGGGCUAGGAGGAGGUUUUAUCUUGGGACCACUUUUUCUUGAAUUGGGAAUUCCCCCUCAGGUAGCAAGUGCCACAUCAACAUUUGCAAUGGCAUUUUCAUCCUCAAUGUCAGUUGUGCAAUAUUAUCUUCUCAACCGUUUCCCUGUCCCGUAUGCUGCUUAUUUUGUUUUGGUUGCGACAAUAGCUGCCUUCACUGGUCAGCAUGUAGUGAGAAAGUUAAUUGCAUUCCUUGGCAGGACGUCAAUAAUCAUUUUUAUACUAGCUUUGACAAUCUUUGUGAGUGCCAUCAGUUUAGGUGGAGUGGGCAUCGAAAACAUGGUUGAGAAGUUGGAGAAUAGAGAAUACAUGGGAUUCGAAAAUCUGUGUCACCAAUCCUGAAUUCUAUUGGUAUAGUAGUGUGAGCAGACUACCCUCAACUGCAUUCAGUUUCAUUGUAACCUAUUUUGUCCAUUUACAAAUGUUAGUAGACAUUCUGCUAAAACUUCUCCAGCAAAGUUUCAUUAUGUUUAUUUCUUCUUUCUCCCAGCACAGUAUUUGUAAUGGAUUCUCAAAAGAAAUUUGUGUCAAAGGCCUCUUAUCAAAAAGGUCAUUGUAAGAAAAUCUUUGGGAAAUUAAUGUAAGAAGUCUGAGACUUUAAAUUUUUCA